GUGGCUCAGCCUGAUCAAGCCCACCAUGGCCAAAGUGGUGCCUGCCUGCCUGCUCCUGGCCCUGCUGCUCCUGGCCCCAGCCCUGCUGGCCCAGGAGGAACGAGGGCUCAUCAUGAACUUGGACACCGGGGAGCUGUGCCUGCAGAGUGUCCAGUGCAAGAGUGGCUGCUGCCACCACGACCACCUCCUCGGCCUGACCCGAUGCGCCCCGAAGGCAGCUGAGUUCCAGGAGUGCUCCCCAAAGACCGUCUAUGGGGUCUACUUCAAGUGUCCCUGUGAGAGCGGCCUGAAGUGUGACGCCGAUAAAAGCAUCGUGGGCUCCAUCACCAACACCAACUAUGGGGUCUGCAAGGACCCCCGGGAGUGAAGAAGGAGCCCCCUGUGCCCCUCUACGCUGCCCCUGCCCUUCCCCCCCUCCUGGGAUUCCUGGGUCUAGCUGUAGGAGAAUUUGAAUAAAGCCCAGCUUCUGCCGA